AUGCUUGCGGGAACUGGCAGUGGCAGACAGGCUGAUGGCGCGCCGUUUGCCAAUACGGACAACAUUUCGACAUCUUGGUAUUGUUCACCCUCAAACCCCAAUGACGGAGGCAAUCCAGAGUCACCGAUACACCCCACGGCGUUGCAGUCGGCCCUUCCACCCGACCUCCGGCAAUCCACUGCACGCGACAAACACCACGAGUCUGCCCCUGUCAAUACAUUCUACAGAGCAUCAUCACUGUUUGCAGAGGAGUCCUCCCAUCGAGACUAUGCAGAAUCCGACAGAGUCCCGCUCACCGCGGGAGCGCAGCCCAUGUCAGGCGCUCUCGGCGUCGAGCUGGAAGGAUUCCGGAAAAGUGACAGUUUCCAGACUGUAUCGGACAUGGACACUGGCAUAUCGGGAGAUCACGCGGCAAAAUCACUCGGCCAUGGCCUUGAGUCUGCUGCUGGGUCUACGCGUUUACGCAGCUAUGGGAUGUCUCUGAAUCCCAACGAAUAUCAGAUCUCCCGUUCUCCCUCGGCGGCCGGAGCUCUGCAACGAGCCGGGUCCAUCGUGCGGGCCAUGUCGCAGCGUGUGGUCAAUAUCACCGGCGAGAGCGAAGUCAUGAACCAGCGAGCAUCUCGUCACGAAACGCGCUCCCCUCGGAUCUCCGAAAGCGACCGCGAUCGAAACCCUGUUUUGUCGGUGCUGGGCAAUGCUUCCUAUACGCCACAGGCGCAGCAGCCCGCCAUGGAGAAGUCCGCUGGCGUAAGUCAGUUUGACCAGCUGGUGCUCCCGAGCGGAUCACGCCCCUCUCCCUUGAAAGGCCGAACUCUUGGAAUAUUUUCUCCUCAAAGUCGUGUUCGGCUGUUCCUGUGUGAUGCUCUGGUCAAUCCCUACACUGAACCUGUCAUUCUUCUUCUCAUUGUCCUGCAGACAAUCUUGCUGGUCGUCGAGUCAGCUCCCAACGUCUUCACCGUCGGCAACGGUCGCCCUGAAAAAUGGGGCACGAAGGUGAUUGAUUGGAUCCUGCUUGGGCUAUUCAUCAUCUUCACCCUCGAGCUUGUUGCGCGCAUCAUCGUGUCGGGGUUUGUCCUCAACGCUCCCGAGUACAGCACUAUUGAUAGGAAGAAAGGAAUCCGAGCUGCCAUUACGGAUCAGUACAGGGCAAUUUUCCAGCCUGGGCCAGGGGAGUCGGUCAAGGGUGGACGACCGGCGUUCACCGCACAAUCCGCCCUAGCUCGCUCAUUCUCGACAAUUCUGCCUGGGCAGCAAGAAUUGCCAGACACGCUGGAAGAACAGCAACGAUUUCAGCUUGCCCGGCGCGCCUUCUUGAGGCACUCGUUCAACCGCCUAGAUUUUGUAGCAGUUCUCUCGUAUUGGAUUGCGUUUGCCCUGGGCAUCACUGGGCUUGAGCAUAGACAUCAUGUGUAUGUAUUCAGGAUGCUUAGCUGUCUACGCAUCCUGCGACUGUUGGCAAUCACGAACGGAACGGCGAUUAUCCUGAGGAGCCUAAAGAAAGCUGCCCCUUUACUUGUCCGAGUCGGCUUCCUCAUCGGUUUCUUCUGGUUGCUGUUUGCAAUCAUUGGGCUGCAGAGCUUCAAAUCAAGCUUAAGCCGGCAAUGCGUUUGGUUGGAUCCGUUACGCCCCAUGGAUCUCUCCGCUUCGUAUACGAACGAAAUGCAAUUUUGCGGUGGCUACCUGGAUAAUUUCACCGGUAGCACGAUGCCUUGGAUGAAAUUCGGCACCCCUGGCUCGCUGGAUGGCCUUAUCAAUGGAACAUCAGACGGCAAAGGGUUCAUAUGUCCGCGUGGCUCCAUCUGCCUCGAGCAGAAAAGUCCCUUCAACAACACGGUCAACUUUGACAACAUUUUUCAUUCCCUUGAGCUGGUGUUUGUCAUCAUGAGCGCAAACACCUUCACGGAUCUCAUGUAUUACACAAUGGGAUCGGACUACGUGCUGGCCGCUCUGUUCUUUGCGGCCGGCAUCAUGAUCAUGCUCCUUUGGCUAACAAACCUCUUGAUUGCCGUCAUCACGUCCUCCUUCCAAGUCAUCCGCGAGGAGAGCAAGUCAAGCGCCUUCACGGCGGAUCCUGAGCCGUUCGUGCAGGAUAUUCCAGAGGCACGUUCGCGCAACCCGUCGAAGCUGCAGCAGCUGUAUGACAAGACGUCGAUAUUGUGGGUGUUCGUCAUUACCUUUGGGCUGCUCUGCCAGGCCUUUCGCAGCGCCCGGAUGUCGCAGUCUCGCGAGACAUUUAUCAACAUGGCUGAAGUGACAGUCACCAUUGCCUUGGACAUAGAGAUUAUCAUUCGCAUCGCUGCCAACUGGCAUGGGUUCCACCGCAGCUGGCGCAACAUUUUUGAUCUCUUCCUGGCGCUUGUGACGACCAUCAUCCUGAUCCCACCCAUCCGAUACUCGCCGUCCUAUCCGUGGCUCACCGUUUUCCAAAUCGUCCGGGUGUACAGGGUUGUGCUGGCAAUUCCAGUCACACGAAAGCUCAUCCUCCUCGUGCUCGGGAAUGCUGCGGGUAUUGCCAACCUGAUGUUGUUCGUCUUCUUGAUGACGCUUCUCGUUGCCAUAUUUGCAGCACAGCUUUUCAGAGGCGAGAUUCCAGUUCACGAUGACAGUGGCAAGCUGAAACGCACUUCAUUCUUCACAAUUUAUAACUCAUUUCUCGGCAUGUAUCAGAUCCUUUCGAGCGAGAACUGGACUGAUAUCCUGUACACCGUCACCUCCUACACGGUGACGCUCAACACGGCAUGGAUUGGCAGCGUGUUCCUGAUCGGCUGGUUCAUACUCUCAUUCUUCAUUCUAGUGAACAUGUUCAUUGCGGUUAUCCAGGAAAACUUUGACGUCUCGGAGGACGAGAAGCGUCUGGAACAAGUGAAGACCUUCCUUCAGCGAAAGGAACUGGGCCAUACGUCGAGCAACCUGGCCCUGUCCACGAUCUUCAGCCUCGGAAGAUCCCGGCGAAAGAAGGAUCCACUCGACUAUGGCCCCGCGAUGAUGGAGAUGCUUCUCAAAGACGCCGUUGUUCGUGACUUCCUCGAUGACGACUCAACCGGACCCAUCCAAUAUCACGGAGGAAAGAGGGUUAUACCUCCAAGGAGCGCCACGGCACUGUUUGGAGCCGAUGUGAAGCCCGGGUUCUUAUCGAGAAUAUCUGGCAAGUUUGUCCACCGAAAGAGAGAGGAGCCCAACCCAUUCUACUCGAACAUCCGCUUUGACGGUCCGACCGACACCCUUGAUCCGCGUCAGAUGGCUCGCCAAGCCGUCUCGGCAACCUCUGCCCGUCGGAAAGCGCAACGAGAGUAUUUGGCUCGCCACCCGAGGUACAACCAUUCGCUGUACAUCUUCCCCCCAACCGAUCCCAUACGACGCUUAUGUCAAAGACUGGUGGGCCCUGCCAGGGGGAUCGAGAGGUUUGAUGGCGUGGAGCCCAACAAGUUUGCGUGGUAUGCGUUCUCGGCUUUCGUCUACGCCGUGGUGGUGGCCAUGGUCAUCUUGGCUUGUGUGGUCACGCCAUUAUACCAAAAAGAGUACAAGGAGGGGCACCCAGACAAUCUUUAUAACUGGUACGUCUGGACGGAUCUGGCAUUCGCUCUGGUGUUCACCAUUGAAGCGGGCAUCAAGGCGAUUGCGGAUGGGCUUAUCUGGACGCCGAAUGCAUAUCUCCGAAGUUCAUGGGGCAUCAUGGAUGGUGUUGUCCUGGUGACCCUAUGGAUCAACGUCAUCACUCUCCUCGUCAACGACGGUGCUAUAUCGCGGGCAUUAGGCGCGUUCAAAGCCCUGAGAGCCUUGCGUCUUCUCAACGUGAGCGACAGUGCCAUGGAUACCUUCCACUCCCUCAUCAUUGCCGGAUGGUGGAAGCUUUUGGGGGCGGCCUUUAUCUCGCUCUCUCUUCUGAUACCUUUCGCCAUCUACGGUCUGAAUCUGUUCAACGGGUUGAUGGUGUCGUGCAACGAUUCCAACAACAUGACUUCCCUCAACGGUUGCUUUGGGGAGUAUGGCAGCUCCCCAUUCAGCGCAGAUUGGCCAAUGUUGGCACCGCGAGUGGCGUCGAAUCCCUAUUUCAACUUUGACGAUUUUGGAUCCUCUCUCUUCACUCUGUUUCAAAUCGUGAGCCAAGAAGGGUGGAUCGAUGUGUCUUUUGCGGCUCAGGCCAUCGUGGGGCGGGGGCAACAACCUCAGGAUCUCGCCGCCCAGGGCAACGCUCUAUUUUUCGUCGCCUUCAACCUCCUCGCGACUGUCUUCAUCCUCACUCUCUUCAUCUCGGUUUUCAUGAGAAACUACACGGAACAGACAGGUGUCGCAUAUCUCACGGCUGAGCAACGGGCUUGGCUCGAGCUACGGAAACUCCUGCGUCACAUCUCGCCGUCGAAAAGCUCGUACAAUGUGAGCGAAAAGGGAUGGAAGAAGUGGUGCCACAAGCGAGCGAUUGAAAAACGAGGGAUUUGGUAUCAAUCCGUUACCGUCGUGCUGGUCCUUCACCUGCUGCUGCUGGUGGCCGAGUUUAGCUCGGAGCCUAUGUGGUGGACGCGGACGCGCGAAGUGGUCUUCCUGCUCUUCAUCCUCGUCUACCUGGCCAAUAUCGCCAUACGAAUUAGUGGCCUCGGCUGGACACGCUUUCGACGGAGCUCCUGGGAUGUCUAUUCCCUGGUCACCGUGUGCGGAGCAUUCAUCACGACAGUGGCAUUGCUGAUUGCGGACACCAGAGCGGACACGUACGUGCAGCUGCACAAGUUUUUCCUCGUCGCGAUCGUGCUGCUUGUGAUCCCGCGCAACGACGCCUUGGAUCAGCUGUUCAAGACGGCCGCAGCCAGCCUGCCGGUCAUCGGCAACUUGCUAGCGACCUGGCUAGUGCUCUUUCUCGUCUUCGCUAUCGCCCUGACGCAAGCUUUCAGCCUCACGCGGUUCGGGGGGAACGAGACGAACAAUCUCAACUUCCGCAGCGUACCCAAGGCACUCAUCCUGCUAUUUCGAAUGAGCCUCGGCGAAGGAUGGAAUCAAAUCAUGGAAGACUACGCCGGGAUUGAGCCCCCAAUGUGCGUGGACGAAGCCAUAUUUUUCUACAGCGACUGCGGCAGCAAGCCAUGGGCUCGUUUUCUCUUCGUGGCGUGGAACAUUCUGAGCAUGUACAUUUUCGUCAACCUCUUCGUGUCCCUCAUAUACGAGAGUUUCAGCUACGUCUACCAGCGAUCCAGCGGCACGUCCGCCGUGGACAGAGACGAGAUUCGCCGGUUCAAGGAGGCGUGGCGGAGCGUGGACCCGGCCGGCACGGGCUUCAUCACCAAGGAAGCGUUCCCUCGACUGCUCGGGGAACUGUCGGGCGUCUUUCAGAUGCGAAUAUAUCAACCGGAGGACUCGGUGCGGCAGAUCCUCGAAGACGUGAGGAACGACCGGCGGUCAUCGCGCCACCUGUCCGUCUCGACGGCGAGCGGAGCUGGCGAAGUUGACCUGGACAAGCUCAAUCGGCGGCUGGCGCUUUUGGAUGUCAAAAAGAUCCAGGAGCAGCGCAGGCGAUUCAAAGUCUUCUUCGGCGAGGUCUUGGUGUCGGCCGAUCCGGACAAGGGCAUCGCCUUCACCGACGUUUUGAUGAUUCUUGCGCACUACAACAUCAUCAACGACAACAAGAGUCUCAAGCUGGAGGAGUUUUUGAGGCGUCGAGCUAGACUCCAGAGGGUGGAUGAGGAGAUCCGUCGCAAGGUGGUUCAGGGGUUUUUUGACACGCUGUAUUGGUCGAGACAGUUCAAACGACAUAUGGAAGCGAAGCGAGCAUCCCAGUCUGUCGCCGACCCGAGGCUGUCGAUCCCGGAAAUCCUGAUAAACGAGGACGGGAACGAGGACGGCCGAUUUGACGGAAGCAGGUCGUUCAAGCCCGACGAGGGAUCGGUGGCUCGGUGGACGCACCUCGGCGUGGGCGAGGGCGGCGCGGGUGAGGGCGGCGCGGGUCCGGGACCGACGACGAGCCUCUCGACGGAUGUGGCACAUGCCGCUGGAUCAAGCGACCAUCCGCUCAGCAGUCCCCCGUCUUCGGGACCUGCCUUGUCGUCGCGGCAGGAGACGAAGUUGGGCUUCAGUUUCGAGCUGUACGAGCCGGAGGACCAGGGGUCGAGCUCGCGGCAAGACAGCAGCCGGACGGAGGCCAUCGUCGGCCCAACGCAAGCGGGUGACUUGCUGCUGGGCGACUCCGUGUGGGUGAGCACGCAGGACGACGCGACGCUACCGAAGUCAGAAGGGGGCACGCACCACCACAGGGACCCCGUGUGA